CCCUCGACUGUCGACUGGUCGAUCCGUCAUUUACAUGGCUUCACUGUGGUAGAGGCUGAUAAAUGACAGUUCGUGAAAAUGUUGAUAAAUUUCAAGUUUUCUUCCAGUAAACAACGGACCGCUGCCUGAUAUUAUGAUUCAUCGGAGCGUCGUCGCGGCUGGAAGUUUCAAUUUCAAGGAAAUCGGAUAAGAAGGGAUGUUUUUGAUUUUGCGACUGUUUAACAGUAUUCUCUUCGUCGUCGCCAAUGUCUCCGUCGCCCUUUACACGCUGCAACGAUUUUUCCGAGCGAUGAGAACGCAUUAUCAGAUGGUCGACGAAGUCGAAGAGUAUAGUAACCUCGUCGAUCAAUCCCGUGCCAGUCUCGAUUAUGUCGGCGCCAAAGUGAUGGAGGCGUUGCGAGAAAUGGAGUCGGACAUCGGAAAGGAAGUCUACGUGACGCACAACCUGACGAAGCUCAGCACCAAAAUCGCAUCCGUCUCCAGGAGAUUCGCCGAGCUCGAAGAGGGCAUCAUCGAGCUAGCUCGACUGAGCCACAACAUGGAGAACGCGACGGUCGAGACCCCGUCGGACAUCAACGAGGAGGUCCGCCGAAUCCUGACCAGUCUGAAACGUCACAAGUCCUCGGCGGCGAGCGAACAUAAUCAGCGUCCUCAGAGUCAUCAGAGGAGGACGACCAGGAUGUCGCGCAGUCACGUGACCAGUCCUGUCGAUCCUGUCCAGCAGUUGCCGGCUGUCGCGCCCAAUCCAGUGUCGAAGUUCACGGCUGUACGGCCGAGUAGACACAGGUCCAGGUCACCGGGACUGGUGCCCGAGGUGAUGCUGCUGGACGAACAACGACGUAGUCCUGCUGAUAAGCCCAUCGGAUUCAGACCGGCUUGGAUGUGUCCGGUUUGAUUAACUUUGGAUGUACUUUUGUUUUUGAAAAUUUUCGAGUGUCGUGUCUAUAGGUGAUUAUCGUUGCUCAAAGAUUUAUAAUUGGAUGUUCGGAGGAUUUGUAAAAAUUCAGAAAAUAAUAUAUCGUUGAUGUCAUUGAAUAGAGAGAAAGAGAUCCUUUUGUUGUACAAGUAUAUUUACAAUGUCUCAUAUAUUUCAUUUUAUUUAACUCAACUCCACAGUUUUUGGAUUUAUACGUUAUUACACGAAGAUAAAUUUUUACGAGGAACAACAAUAUGCGAACAAUAAAAUUCACUGAUCAGUUAUUAUAUAAAGUCCGCAAUAAAACACGCGUGAAAAUACAAUUUGCUUAUACACUA